UCUUCAUUUCUUGCAACGAUGGCAACACUGAAAGCAAACCCCUCUUCCAAAUGUUUCAAAAUUUGUUUCCAAGUGCUUCUCCUACUUAUUUUCUCUAUCAUUUUUGCUUCUGCAGGAAAUAUCAUCACCCAUCUCCCUGGUUUUGAUGGUGAACUUCCCUUCUACCUCGAAACUGGAUAUAUUGGUGUUGGGGAAUCGAAUGAGUCGCAAUUGUUUUACUACUUUGUGGAGUCACAGAGGAGUCCUUCACUUGAUCCUCUUAUGCUUUGGCUCACUGGUGGACCUGGUUGCUCUGCUCUCUCUGCUUUCUUCUAUGAAAGUGGUCCAGUUGCUUUUAAUUAUUCUAAUUACAAUGGGAGUUUACCAUCACUCCAACUUAACCCUGAUACAUGGACUCAGGGCAUCAACAUUAUAUAUGUAGAUGCACCAGUUGGCACUGGUUUCUCUUACUCAACAACCCAAGAAAAUUACUAUCUUAAUGAUACAAAAUCUGCCGCACAAACCUACGAGUUCUUGAGAAAGUGGCUCCUUGAGCAUCCACAGUUCUUAACAAAUCAAUUUUUCAUUGGGGGCGAUUCUUAUUCUGGCAUUUCUGUUCCAAUGAUAGUUCAACAUAUACUUGAUGGAAAGAACGAAGGAUUUAAGCCAACCAUAAACCUAAAAGGAUACAUACUUGGAAAUCCAAAGACGGAUGAUUAUAUUGACAGCAAUUCAUUAGUACCAUUUGCAUUUGGAGUAGCACUCAUACCACCUGAACUUUAUCUUGCUGCAAAAUAUUACUGCAAUGGAGAUUAUGUCAACAUAAAUGAAAGCAAUACUAAUUGUGUAACAGCCAUUGAUGAAUUCGACCAGUUGGUUCUUCAAAUAAAUACUCUGAAUAUUUUGGAACCACGUUGCUAUUCUACUAAACCAAGAAAAAGUAUUGAAGGAAGAAGAUCAGCUGAAGAGAUUGAGCCUGAUGAAAUUCCCCUGUCAGAAAUUAAAUCUGGAAAUGCGUAUUGGUGCAGGGGGUAUAAUUAUGUGCUAUCUGCCGUUUGGGCUAAUGCUGAAAUUGUCCGAGAAGCUCUCCAUGUGAGAAAGGACACAAAAGGAGUGUGGAAAAUGUGCAAUAUUUCUGGCCUAGCUUAUACACAGACUCAAUUAAGUAGUGUUGGUUAUCAUAAAAAUUUUACAAAGUCAAGCCUUCGAGCUCUCAUUUUCAGUGGUGAUCACGAUUUCAAUAUUCCACACAUUGCCACACAAACUUGGAUUCGUUCGCUUAAUUUGACUAUAAAUGAAAAUUGGCGAGCAUGGUUUGUAGAGGGUCAAGUUGCCGGAUACACAGAGGAGUUAAUUAGUAGUGCCUUUACUCUUAUAUAUGCUACAGUGAAGGGUGCUGGUCAUAUUGCUCCAGAGUACAAACCGAAGGAAUGUUAUAGAAUGAUGGAUCGAUUCAUGGCGUAUUACCCUCUGUAAUUUUUAUUAGUUGCAGCUUAAGAAUUUCGGUCACACUUUGUAUAAGCAUAAAUUUUAGUAUAAGCUCUUAAUAACCUUAAGAGAACUGUGGAACUGAAGCCAAUUUUGUUGUACAAGUA